CGCUCUGCGAACUCAGAUGUUAAGCAACUAUGGCAUCCUACGAUCGUGAUUUUGAACGAUUAAAGCGAAUGUUAAAAGCACCCGCUCCUCACCGUAAAUUCGUACUUUGUCAAAUUGCGGUGACUGCUGUAGUUAUAUAUUUCUGGUACAGUUUUAAUGAAGGUUUUACUCCCUGGUUUCUGAGAAAGAUCCCAGUGCUGCAUGUUGGAUCAGAUGUCAGCCCCAUGGUCUACUUUCCACAUGCAAAUGAAGAUGGAAACAACAUUGAAUGGGCCAGACAUGUGAAUAGUAAACAGGCAUUGCAGGAUGCCAUUGCAGGUGAUGUAGACAUGAUACAGGGUGAUGUUUUGCUGAAGGGACAGGACACUGACCAUCAGUACCUCACUCCAUUGAUGGGCCGCUUACCAGACAGUAAAAGUGAUCUAACCCUUGACCUUUGGCUACAGGAGAUUAUGCUAGCUUAUCAUAAAGGAAUCAAAAUCUCAUUCCAGUCCAACGAUGCUGUGGAGAUAACUCUACAGAAGUUAAAGGAUUCAAAGAGAGGGCUUAUGAGGCCAGUUUGGCUGCAUGCUGACAUCCUACAGGGACCUCAUGGAUCCAAACCAAGAGUUGACAUGAUUAGAUAUUUCAAACAUGUCAAGCGGUUGUUCCCAGAGUGCACCAUGUCCCUUGGAUGGACAACGGGAACCCAUACUGAUCUGAGUCUGAGUGGGUAUUCCUGGGAUGGUGUACUGGACAUGUACCAUGCUAUCAUGGAUGCAGAACUGGAACAACCUAUCGUCAUCUCUGUCAGAUCCUCACUGAUUCGAAACUCCGUCCCUCAGAUAAAAUGGUUGACAGAUAACACUAAGGCCAGUGUGUUUAUAUGGCAAGAGGAAGGGGAGAGAACUGCACCUGAGAAUCUGAUGCACAUUGCCUACAGAUUUGCUCCAGAGAAAUCUUACUGGGAUAUCCAUGACAAAAAUUUAAAGGCUCACCUCAAAAAGAAUAGAAACAAGUCCAGUUCAAAUCUAAGCCCUUAUGCCAAAAAAAGGGACACUGUUCUCUUCCGUCCGGAGGCUUGGUUGAAGAUGGGUCUAUACAUGGAACACCACUCAGUGCUACCUAGUGAAGAAGCUUUGGUUUUACAGAGCCGUGCCGUGUAUGUAAUCACUAAAACAAAGUAUAAACCAUCGGAUCUAACCUCCCUCAAUGGUCGGGUCCAAUUCUUAAACAGAAAAAAACGAGAUGUGGUUCCUAAUGAGACAGGACUGAGUAUAUAUGUGCGUUCUACUGCCUACACUGAUUUUGAAAACAUUGUUGGUAUUCAGUGUUUUCUUGGGUUGGACGGUCAGAUGAAGAUUAUGUCUAGUCACCUGAAUACAGAAUUCCAGAAGAGUAUGAGAUUUACCCCAGGGACGUCUAAUUGUUUCCGGUUCUCUGUGGUUGACACUCAGACAGCAAUUGUUUUCCGAGUGAUGAUUCUUCAUGAUUGCCAUACACUGGAGAGUGUGAUGCCUAUGAAUGCUGCGAAGGCCGAGCUCAAGCUUGAGGUCCCACGGACAAUUGGAAAUGAAAUGAACCCGUUCAUUGUUAAGUUAGAGGAUAGCAAUCGUGUCGCUGUUUUUGAUGAACUCCAUGUUAAACAUGGUGGCUACUUAUAACAUAUGCUGACAUGAUAUAGAUGUCAGUAUUUUCUACAAUUUAAAUCAAACAGGUGCUUCUUUUCCUGUAAAUGCAUACAAACAGAGCCCUGAAUUCAACACGAUCCAUCACAGUUCAGAACAUUUAGGGCCCAAGUGAGAUUUAUUACAAGUAUGGGACUAUUUUUGUACUCCAUUUAUAAUAUACAUGUAAUCAUUGUAAAUCUCAUGACAACAGUCAUGACUUCUCAUUCCAAAGCUUGAUUGAAAUAUUUAUGCUUAAAAAUAGUAACACCCUUGAAUUAGGGCAUUCCAUUUGUUUCUUCCUCAGUACCAUAUACAGUUGUAUAUUGUACUAUCUCUAGUCUAACUAGUACAUCUCAUUAUUAUUGUUCUUCCAUUCAAUGUAAAUAUAAACCACUUAACACAGUGAUUUCAAAUUCAUGUACUGUGAAAUCACUCAUUUUCGUGGGGGUUUAAUUUUCAUUGUAUUUGAGGAAUGAAGUGUCCUAUGAAUUUUUAUCUUCUACAAAAUACAUAUUUCAUACUGAUGUACAUGUAUGAUAUUUCUCCUUUAACCAUGAAAUGUAAUUCCUUUGAACCAGUGAUAUUUCUUCAAACCACAAAAAUUUGACCCCAUGAAAAUAAGUAAUUUAAU